UUUAGUGUGAAAAUGUGGAAGCUUUUUGCAUUUUCGACUGUUCUCCUGAUAGUGCGCGGGUGAAGCAUUUAUUGGUGUGCGAUGCGAACAGAAGACACAUGCGAGGCACUGUUCGAGACGAGUUCGAACGUCAUCGGUUGCGAGUCGUGAGUGCCAGGGACCCCACAUUCCGACAAGAUGGUGAAAGCUUCUUAUCAUUCUCGUUAAACACCUGUCAACUCCAGGGGCCAGGAGUUCGGAGCGCAGACGUGUCACUCAUAUUUGAUCCCUCGGAGAUAGUUGUCAACCCCGGGGACCAGCUCAACCUAGACUGUGGCGUCCAAGGCGAAAGACGUUACUGUAUCUGGGAGAAUGAAAACAAUCAGAUUCUUCAGGUGGAAGAUGUGUACAGCAAUGUUUACGAUGGAGUGAGCAAGCCAGCGAACACAGUAGGGAAUGAAUGUGGCAUUGUUAUAAACUCUGCUGACAUUGGUCACCACGGCCGGUGGACGUGUAAAGUCUUUGUUGUUGGCAAGUCUCUCGUUGGAUCCAAGAAUGUCAUUGUUACCAUCAAGCCAACAAGUCCAAUCCUUGAAGUAGAUACGAGCAGUGGAGGUUUGGAAGUGACGAGUGAGGACGAGAAACCAGUCAAAUGCUCUGUAGCUGCAGCCAGACCGGCUGUUGGUAUUCGUUGGUAUCUGGGAGACAGAGAUAUUACCACGUUUGCUGAAACAGAAGAAACUCCAACAGACAAAGGGGGAAUAUACAAGAGUGUCUCAACCUUGAGACGUACUUUUCAGCCUUCAGAAAAUGGAAAGCUAUUAAUGUGCAGCAUCACACACAAGACACUUCUCACUCCAGAAAACACCAGUAUACCUCUGAAUGUUGUUUUUAAACCCGUGGAAAAGCCUGUUAGUACUUUUUAUCAGAUCACUCCUGGCAGUGAUUAUGAGGUGAAACUAAAUUUUUCUGCCAACCCAGAACCCAUUAAAAAGGAAUGGAGAUACGGUACAAGUUUUGAGAGUAUUGAAGGCUCUCUUGUCAUUCCUGGAUCAGAUGGUCAUUACACAACAGACAUUGAGGACUUGGGUAAUGGCAUGUACACAGCAAAGCUUCUCAUCAGUGGUUUCACAGAAGCGGAUGUUAACAAGAAUUACUUGCUGGUAGUAGCAAAUGAACGCGGGGAAACACAGUACAAAGUCAAGCUCUCCAUGCAUGACGCUCCUCAAGAUGGUGACUCUGAAACAAGCAACUAUGACAAAAUCCCACCCACAGAAUUAUCAGUGUCUGAAGGUAUUGUUUUCGAUGAUGAGACGGAGUCAAAUGCCCUAAGUGGAGGAGCAGUUGCAGGCAUCAUAAUUGUCCUUGUGAUAGUUGUAGCGGCGGUGGGUGCUGCAGGAUAUGCACGGUAUCGACAGAUGUUCUGCUUUGCCUCGCGUGCCGAGAGUAAAGCCCACAUCCAAGAUCCUGAGCGCAACGAAACUGAUAAUGGCACAGCCAACGAAGCUGUUAAGGCCUCUACAGACCAUGUCAACGGCAAGACCGACAACACAGUGGCCAAUGGCAAUGGAAACUUGGAACAUACUCAAGUGGAAGAGAUCAAUGGAAAAAAGAACACUGAUGUGUGAGCAGGAACUGAAUUAUAACCAGAAUUGAACAGAACAAUACUUAUUUAACAUCAUCUGAAAAAAAUCAGUGCACAUAUUCUGAAUAGUGGAGGGCUUUGAAUAUUUCAGGAAGUUAGUGAUAGUACAGGCUCUAAAUCAGGUUGUGUGUGAGUGUGUGUGUGUGUGUGUGUGUGUGUAAGGGGGGUGGAGUGGGAAGGGGGGUAUAUUUUAUGGACAAACUGUAAAUCUAAUGUUGAUCACCUGGCUUUGUCUUGGGUUGAUAUUACAGUACUACCAAAUCACCUUAACUAAUUAGUGCAUAGAAGUUAUUUGAUGCAUUCCAGUUGGGCUCAUUUCAUUAGUUACAGCUCAGGUGACAUAGCCUUAAUGACCUGCAUGGAAUUAUUGCUCUGCACCUGUUGGUUAUUGUGCCUUAGAAAAGUUGUAAAUCUUCUAGGGAUAAAGCUCUGAAGGGUGGUCAUGUGUGAGUGCAGAAUGCAUUAUAUUUAUACACUUGAGAUGUGAGUUCACUAAUCACAGGUUAGUCUAACUGUCAAUGUUGCCAGUCCUCAGUGCUGAAUAGGUGUGCUGUUUUAAUCAUUCCAUUUUUAUGUAUCACAGGUCACACAUAGCUUUACUUAUAUCAUCAAAUGAAUUUAGGCCUCAUGAUAUUGUUGCAAAUUUUUGCUUAUGACAUUGUUGCAAGUCUGUUUGUGACAUUGUUGUAAGUCUUUUAUAAUACUGGUUGUAGGUCUUGUAAUACUGGUAUCUUACGACAGUGUUUUAGGUCUUGUGACAUUACUGCACGUAAUUUAUGAUAAUAUCACAGGCGUUUUGUGACAAUUGCUGGUCCAAUGUGAUAUUGUUACGUAUACCAUGUGAUAUUGUUUCAGGUCUUGUGACAAUAUUAGCAUUGUCUUGUGGCACUGUUGCAGGUCUCUUGUGACAUUAUCUUGGGUCCUUUGUGACAUUGCUCCAAUGUCUUCAAUGGUAUUGUUACAAGGUUUUUGUGUUACAGAUAUCUUUGUUGCAGAUGUCUUCUUGUGACAGUGUUUCAGGUCUCUUGUGACAUUGCUGCAGGUGUCUAGUGACAGUGUACCUCAUUCUGUGACAUUAUUGGAGUUUUGUGACAUUGUUUCAAGAUUUCUUUUAGCAUUGUUUCAUGUCUCUUGAGACAUUGUUGCUAGUCUUCUCUUAUGAUACUGUAGGUCUUGUGACACUGUUGCAGGCCUCUCUCAGCUCAACCAAUGAUGUACAGUCUAACAUGGUUAAUGAUUUGUUCAGAGAGAAGCCCUAAGAGCUUCCUGUAGUAUGCUGCUCACAAGGCAUCCUGUGGGGAGGUUGACAGCAGGGCAUAUUAGCCACUGGUUGAUCUCUGGGAUACGUGCCUCCUACAACAUUGUAGGCAGCCGGUGUGCCCCCUUCCUGUCACCUGCCUUGGCUGUGUUGUCUGCCCAUACACUUAGACAAGGAUGAUCUAGUCCUUCAUCCUUGUGUUAUUAUGUGGCAAGAUUUUGCCUUGUCAAUUUUCAUUCAGAUUUAAUGAGGAAAUUUUAAGAGGAUUUAUAUUCAUCAGUUUUUAUUGUAAAUAACUGUGCAUUUGUAUUUUAUUAGAUUGCAAAAUACUCAGUCUUGUAAUGUAAAUUGGAAAUUUACUAUUUUAACGCAUAAUUGGAUCCAUUGUAGAUAAAUUUAUAGUUGAAUCAGUUACAGGACUUAAUUCAUAUGAUUAGAUUGUUUUUUUUUUCCCUGGUAACGAUCUAAAGUUCUGGUUUGCUGUUUGGUCGAGAGUAAUCGAGUAAGCACAUGACUUUCAUUGGAUAUUAUUGAUGCAAUUCAUCCACAACUUUAACGCCUUCACAAAAACUAAGUAAAUUGUGGGUUAGGUGUAGAUUGAAAUCUACAAUUUGGUGAUUGUGAUCAUUGUUGUGAUCAUUUAAAACUCUAUCCAUAUUAAUGUAUUUGGUGUUUUUACCCCCAUGUAAUUUUAAGUAGACCUAUACGAAUUUUAAUAAAUGUUAAAUGGA